AUGAUGAAGACCGCUCCUUUCUGGGCCUCUAUCGCCCUAUUAGUUCCACGGGCUCUAGCGACAUCUCCAACGUCCACGUCCACGUCCACUACCUCUACUUCCGCGGCACCAAGCUGUACAGCUUCCCUCAUCGCCAAGCUCUGCAACUACCCGGAACCUCAAGAUGACUUUGCCGUCGCCAGCAGCGGCACGGCCGAUUGCUGGGACUACUGUAACGCCAACCCUCCCUGCAGCUUCGUUAUCUUCGUUGCCGGCAACCCUUACACGGGCACCGGCACGUGUUGGCUGUACCCGGGUGAAAACUACGAUGCGAGCCAGGGUAGUUCGAAUUGCGGCAAUCCCUACCUGUCGGUCUUCAACAAGCCCGUGUGUUCUGGUGGGAGCGCAACCACCACUUCUGGCGCCUGCGCCGCCACCGCGACUCCUUCUGCUAUUACCUCGGUCUGCGGGUAUCCGGCGCCUAGUGACAGUUUUGACAAUUGUUAUGCUAGUUCGGGUGCAUCGAACUGCUUGAGUAUAUGUGCAGAGGCCGAUGCCUGCAGCUAUGCUGUCUUUAAUACGCACAAUGACGACAACUCGCAGUAUUCCUCUGGCACUUGCUGGGUCUAUCCGAACGGCACAUUCAACGCUGCGUCUGCGACCACUUGUAGUGGCGAUCCAUACCAGUUUGUGUAUAACAACGUGUGCCCCAAGCCAUCAUCUUCAUCGUCCUCCCUUUCAUCAUCUGCUACGGGACACUCUGGUGGCACUGGAACUGCAGGCACUAAUGCAGGCUCAACUGUCAGCAAUGCUAAGGGCUCAAUUACCAGCAAUGAUAAGAACUCAACUACCAGCAAUGCUAAGGGCUCAACUACUACCAGCAAGAAUUCUGCGCCUACCGGCCUCUCGCUCUCUAACCCAUUGGCUAUAGGCGGGGCUAUGUUAUUAUUGCAGGCCCUUUAA